CUGCGGGCGUCCCGUGUGCUGCUGGUCGGGCUGCCCAGGCUUGGCACCGAGGUGGCCAAGAAUCUCAUCCUGGCGGGAGUGCGGGGCCUCACCAUGCUGGACCAUCACCAGGUGUCCCCCGAGGACACACGGGCGCAGUUUCUGGUCCCCGCCGGCUCCGUGGAGCGCAAUAAGGCCGAGGCGUCGCUGGAGUGGGCGCAGAACCUCAACCCCAUGGUGAACAUCAAGGCCGACCCCAAGAGCGUUGAGAGCAAACCCGAAGCUUUCUUCACCCAAUUCGAUGCCGUGUGCGUGAUGUGCUGCUCACGGGACACCAUGCUGUGCAUCGACCACAUCUGCCACAGGAAUGGGAUCCAGUUCUUCGCCGGCAAGGUCUUCGGUUACUACGGCUACACCUUUGCUGACCUGGGCGAGCACGACUUCGUCAAGGAGAAAACCAAAGAGGCCAAAACCAACAUCCCCACGAUGGAGGACGGGCCUGGUGCCAAGAGGGCGAAGCUGGACACUGCCGAGACCAACCCAGGCCAUUCUAUGAUUCUGUGA